CGGGGGCUUGACCCGCGAGGAAGAGUGGAGUCUUUGCGGCCGCGCUGCCCCUAGCUGGUCCCUGCAAGCUGCGAGGGGCACCGCUGGAGCUGCGGGACCCCGGGAGGUGCGGAGCUGGGAGGCGAGGCUUGUCUAUCGCCAGGAUCGUCUUCCGCCAUUGGGCCGCUUUAGGUGGCAGGCUGAAGGCUUAAGCAUGGGGAAGAGCUGCAAGGUAGUUGUGUGCGGCCAGGCAUCUGUGGGCAAAACGUCAAUCCUGGAGCAGCUUCUGUAUGGGAACCAUGUAGUAGGUUCUGAGAUGAUCGAGACACAGGAAGACAUCUAUGUGGGCUCCAUUGAGACAGACCGGGGGGUGCGGGAGCAGGUGCGUUUCUACGACACCCGGGGGCUCCGAGAUGGGGCUGAGCUGCCCCGGCACUGCUUCUCCUGCACUGAUGGCUAUGUCCUGGUCUACAGCACUGACAGCCGAGAGUCUUUUCAGCGCGUGGAACUGCUCAAGAAGGAGAUUGACAAAUCCAAGGACAAGAAGGAGGUCACCAUUGUGGUCCUUGGCAACAAGAGCGACCUCCAGGAGCAGCGGCGUGUAGACCCAGACGUGGCUCAGCAUUGGGCCAAGUCAGAGAAGGUGAAACUGUGGGAGGUGUCUGUGGCUGAUCGUCGCUCCCUCCUGGAGCCCUUCAUCUACCUGGCCAGCAAGAUGACCCAGCCCCAGAGCAAGUCUGCCUUCCCUCUCAGCCGAAAGAACAAGGGCAGUGGCUCCUUGGAUGGCUGAAGACCUGCCAUUCCUUCUUCACCCUCCCAGCCCUAUUCCAGCUUCUGGGGCUGCAAAAAAUGGGUUAAAAGCAAAGGGGGACAGGGGAGGCAGGCAAUCUGUCCUUCCCAGUCAGCCGGGUAGUGGCCCAAGCCUUUUGCUCCCUGUCAACUACAGAAAUCUUGGUUACACCUCCUCCUCUUAAACAGCCCCACCCCUAGUUCUUCCCAACCCCUAGUUUUCAUCAUAAUCUCCUUCAUUGUCUCCUGGGGCAGUUGUGGGUCAGCAUCCCUUCCAUCUGCCCUAGACAGGAAGCAGAGCUACCAUCCAGUAGUGCCCAUUUUAUUUAGAGUUUGGUUCCUAUCAUAGGGGUCCCACCUUCUGGGCUUCCUGCCAGUAACACACACACACAUAUGUAGUCUGAGAUCCAUGCUAGAUAGUCAGCCUGGACUCUAGAGAAAAUGUGUCCAGGUAUCGUGGGUACGUAUGCUGGCAUUACUGGUGCCUCCGCAUCUCUCACCCUGACCUUUUUCCUGUCUGUUUCCUAGCUAGACAAAGCAGGCCUCCUAAGUGUAAUUUUCUGUUCUAAACAACCCCCAUCCCCAACUGUUUAACUUCCUCUUCCUGCUCAGGGAGCAGAUGGACCUCAUUUGUUGAGGUGGAAUGGAGCAAUGGCUGGGCUGUGAGUCACCAGCUGACUUUGUGACCCAGCAAGACCUUUCCCCUCUCAGCACCAAUUUUCUUUCUUUCUUUUUUUUUUUUGUAGUUUUUGGCCAGGGCUGGGUAUGAACCUAUCACCUCUGGCAUAUGGGGCCGGCACCCUACUCCUUUGAGCCACAGGCGCCACCCAGCACCAAUUUUCUUGUCCGUAAGGUGACAGGGGUUGCUUAGCUGAUCUGGAUCCUCUCCAGCUCUGGUUUUAUAAAGCUGUGGCUUCUCCCUCUUCAAGGUGCUAUGCCUACUAGCCCUGGCUGCUGGGACAUGCUCUCCUGCCAACCACCAGGGGGCAGGAGUUCACUUUCCACUCUGGUGCCCAGUCUGCAGACAUCUAGCCCUGGUCUUCACCCCUUCCUGAGGUUAUUUCUAGCUCAUAGCUGGACUUCUAUUUAAGUUACCUGCAUUUAUACACCUGUUGCCGUGGUGAAGGCUGGACAAGGUGCUCUUUUAAAGCCCUUCUUACCUCAGAUGCCUGAACAGAGCAAAGGCAAACCAGUAGCACCUUCUCAGGAGCUGAUGAGACUCAGAAGUGGUUACACGCUCAGACAGGCUGUACAGUGAGCUUAUAACCCACAACUUCCUGUGUCCACCU